AUGGGCUCCGUCAGCUUCCUCAAGACGGUGGCCCGGCUUGUCGUGAACAACUUCUUGGCGGUCGUCGCGGUGGCCGUGGCUGCCACCGUGGUCCGGAAGGCGUGGCCCAUCCGCCCCGAUGAGAUCGUAAACCGGAUGCGCGCCUUGCCGCCUGCCCACGUCUUCAUCCUGGUGAUCCUGGCAGCGGUCCUAGUGAAGAUGCGGCGCAUGCGACGGGGACGGGACGUGUACCUCGUCGAGUACGGCUGCUUCCGCCCCAAGGCCUGCUACCGCACGCCGUUCGCCACCUGCUUGGAGCACGCGCAUCUGAUGCCGUACCUCGUCGACGAGGACAGCGUGGCCUUCGCCAUGCGGCUGCUCGAGCGGUCCGGCCUCGGAGAGGAGACCUGCGUGCCAGACGCCUACCACUACAUGCCCCCGGACCGCAGCCUCAGGGCGUCCCGGGAGGAGGCCGAGUUGGUCAUCUUCGCCGCCGUCGACGACGUGUUCGCCAAGACGGCGCCCGUCAUCAACCCUGCCGACAUCCACGUGCUCGUCGUCAACUGCAGCAUCUUCACGCCCGUCCCGGUGUUCGCUGACAUGGUCGUAAACAGGUACAAGCUCCGCGCGGACGUCAAGAUCGUCAACCUGUCCGGGAUGGGUUGCAGCGCCGGCCUCGUCUCCGUCGGCCUCGCCAAGAACGUCCUCCAGACGUCGCCGCCGGGCACGCGCGUGCUCAUCGUCUCCACGGAGAUCCUGUCGUCUCAGUACUACGUGGGCACGGAGCGCGCCAUGCUGCUGCCCAACUGCCUCUUCCGCAUGGGCGCCGCGGCCAUGAUCCUAUCCAACUCCGCGGACCACGCGCGGUUCCGCCUCCGCCGCGUCGUGCGCACCGUCACCGCCGCGCGGGACGCGGACUACCGCUGCGUCUUCCAGGAGGAAGACGACAAUGGGAACACGGGCAUCCGUCUCUCCAAGGACCUCGCCACCACCGCCGGCUACGCGCUCAAGAACAACAUCGCAGCCUUUGGACCGCUUGUGCUGCCGGCCUGGGAGCAGCUCCUCGUCGCGCUCACCAUCAUUAAGCGGAAGCUCCUCAGUGGCCGCGCCAAGGUGAGGCUCUACCGCCCUGACUUCCGCACCGCCUUCGAGCACAUCUGCAUCCACGCGGGCGGCCGCGGCGUCAUCGACGAGGUGCAGCACGGCCUCGGCCUCUCCGACGACGACGUCGAGGCGUCGCGGAUGACGCUGCACAGGUUCGGCAACACGUCCAGCAGCUCCGUGCUCUACGAGCUGGCGUACCUGGAGGCCAAGGGCCGGAUGGGCAUGGGCGACAGGGUGUGGAUGAUCUCCUUCGGCGCCGGCUUCGACUGCAACAGCGUCGCGUGGGAGUGCAUCAAGCCGGCCAGCGACGCCGACGGACCAUGGGCCGAGUGUAUCAGCCGCUACCCGGUGCAGCUCCCCGAAAUCGACAAGGACAUGUGA